CAUGGCUUCACUGCUGACGGCUUCCCUGGUGGGUAGCCGAGUUAGUGCCACCGAGAACCCCCAGUUGUAUCUGCUUUGGCUUUCACGACCACCUUCUUCGCAGGAUUUUUCCAAGCUGCUCUUGGCUUCUUCAGGGCCUCUAUGUUGUGUUUAUGAGUCAUCGGUGCCUCAUCCCAGAUAAUAAGUGAAGCACUGAAGGAAGAGCUCCAACUGGUACUACUGAAAUCUCCAGCAGGCAAAAAUCUCUUCCUCGACCGGGUAUGUCUGCAUGAUUUAAAGAGAUUUGAUUUAUGGAAGAGCACAACACUUUCGAUUGUUUUCUAUUCUCAUUAUUGGUGGUUUUGGCUAUC